AAUACAUUGGAAUGUAUUUGUUUUUUUUUAUUUAGGUUUCGUUUGUACCUUGGGCUCUUAGAUACCACAACCUUUUUAAGAUGAAUUAAAGAGCAAUAGUUGUGACUCCAACAUGAGAUUAACACAUGGUCUUGUGGCUUCAUAACGUUCAUAAAGGGGAAAUCUGUCUUGAUUUGGGAUACACUGGAAUGAAAGACGCAAGUCAGCAUAAUUAGAACAAACCGCGGAGUUAAAGACGUCUCGAAAACAGAAAGUACAUCAAUGGUGCCUCAACACUUUUCGAUCCAAAAUGCAGUAGCCUAUAUAAACAGCAGAACUGCUGUGAGUAUAUCAUAUAACAACAAACACAAGUUGUGAAGGAUACAACAAUUCAACAAGGUAAGCAGUCAAAUUAGAGGCUUAAUUAAUCGAAUUAUUUAUUGCUUGAAAUUACUGAAUCCUAUUGCUUUAAACUCAUGGUCUCCGAUCCUCUAUAGGCAUCUCUCAGAAUGGACCUUCAUUAUGUGGCCUGGCUGUGCACCUUUUUCUGCUUUGCGCAGGUUUGGUCAUUGCCAACAAACUGCAUCCUUCGAAAGGACUUAAUGGAGAAAACCUGUAGAUUUAUAGAGACUGCGGGUGGCCUUUUCCCUUCGCAAUGCUUGGACGACCGUGUUCCCAUAUCUUUCCCGCAAAAUGUGUUCGAGUCCAGCAACAAGAAUCAGGUUUCUGGUGUUGAAAAGGCUGUUUACCAGACACUCCAGAAUAUUGACGCACUGUUUGAGGACUACAGUGUUCCAGACCAGUGGGAUGCAGAAAAAAUGACUGAGUUUCGAGGCAUCGUAUACCGGCAGAUUGAGGAAAGCAAAUGCAUCAUGGGCAAGUCUGAAGCGGCCCAGGAUUUUCCCAGCAGAGACGCCUCACUUAAGGUUUACUUCGAGACAAUAUCCUCAACUCUGAAAGAAAAGGAUUUCAGUUACUGCGCAUGGGAAAUCGCAAGAAGUGAGAUUCUCCGCACUCUGAACUUCAUAUUGAAGAACAACUCUGACAUCAUGUAUGGAUCUCCAGAACUCUAGAUGCUUACUCGCAUGCUGUCUCAUUUAUGUAUUUA